AUGGAAGCAUGUGCUAGCAAGGAAAGACAGUGGGAGAGUGGCAGCCGGAAGGGUAAAGAACCCGUCAUUUGGAAGGAGUCAGAAAAGGAGAUUGAGAUGCAAAGCACUGAAAGGCAGCACUAUCAAAGACCAAGAGGUGGUGGACGGAAUUCACGGAGAAAGAGAUCAGCAAAAAUUGUAUAUGGGAAGGGCAUUGCCUGUGUAACAGGGGACUCAGGAAUAGGGAAGACAGAGCUUCUUCUGGAGUUUGCCUACAGGUAUCACCAGAGGUAUAAGAUGGUUCUAUGGAUAGGAGGAGAAAGCAGGUACAUUAGGCAGAAUUAUCUAAACCUCUGGUCAUUUUUAGAGGUAGAUGUAGGGGUUGAAAAUUGCAUAGAAAAAAGUAAGAUGAAAAGCUUUGAAGAGCAGGAAGAGGCUGCCAUUGCUAGAGUCCGGAAAGAGCUUAUGAGAAACAUACCUUUUCUAGUGGUGAUUGAUAAUUUAGAGAGUGAAAAGGAUUGGUGGGAUCGCAAGCUUGUAAUGGAUCUUCUUCCCCGUUUUGGUGGAGAGACCCACAUUCUGAUAUCUACACGACUGCCACGUAUGAUGAAUUUAGAACCUUUGAAACUCUCAUACUUGUCUGGAGUAGAGGCAAUGUCAUUAAUGCAGGGAAGUGUCAAAGACUACCCUAUUGCAGAGAUUGAUGUGCUCAGGGUAAUUGAGGAGAAAGUUGGAAGGCUAACUUUGGGCCUCGCAAUUGUAGGUGCAAUCCUAUCUGAGCUACCCAUAAAUCCAAGCAGGCUAUUGGAUACCAUCAACAGGAUGCCCUUGAGAGACUUCUCAUGGAGUGGUAGGGAAGCUCAUUCAUUGAGGAAAAACAGUUUCCUGCUGCAACUCUUUGAGGUAUGUUUUUCAAUUUUUGAUCAUGCAGACGGACCAAGGAGCUUAGCAACAAGAAUGGUCCAGGUGUGUGGUUGGUUUGCACCUGCUGCCAUUCCAGUUUCCCUGUUAGCCUUAGCUGCUCACAAGAUACCUGAGAGACAUAAAGGAACCCACUUCUGGAGAAAAUUAUUACGUUCCUUGACUUGUGGUUUUUCUUCAUCAUAUACCAAGAGAUCUGAAGCAGAAGCAUCCUCCAUGUUGUUGAGAUUUAGCAUUGCAAGAAGUAGUACCAAGCAAGGUUAUGUCCAUUUCAAUGAGCUCAUCAAGGUUUACUCUCGGAAGAGAGGAGUUACCGGAGUUGCACAUACCAUGGUUCACGCUGUCAUUAGUCGUGGGUCACUAUUCCAUCACCCAGAACAUAUAUGGGCAGCAUGUUUCUUGUUAUUUGGAUUUGGCAAUGAUCCUACUGUUGUUGAGCUCAAGGUGUCAGAACUGUUAUACCUUGUCAAAGAAGUGGUUUUGCCUCUUGCAAUUCGGACAUUCAUUACAUUCUCUAGGUGCAGUGCUGCUCUUGAACUCCUCCGCCUAUGCACCAAUGCUUUGGAGGCAGCAGACCAAGCAUUUGUUACCCCUGUUGAGAAGUGGUUGGACAAAUCACUUUGUUGGAGGCCCAUCCAAACUAAUGCUCAAUUGAAUCCGUGUCUUUGGCAGGAGUUGGCAUUAUCAAGAGCCACUGUGCUAGAAACAAGGGCUAAGUUAAUGCUAAGAGGGGGGCAAUUUGACAUAGGAGAUGACCUAAUUAGGAAAGCUAUUUUUAUUAGAACUUCAAUUUCUGGUGAGGAUCAUCCAGAUACCAUAUCUGCUCAUGAAACUCUAAGCAAACUCACCCGUCUUCUUGCAAAUGUUCAAACUCAUACUUCACCAUAGAUUCUAUAUUUCUUGUUAGCAAAUUUUACAUUAGAUUAUACAAAGUUUACAAAUAAAACUCCUGUAAACAAUUCAGAGAAUUUUUUUAUACCAUUUUAACUUUGAAUGGGAUGCCUUACAGUUCUGAACUUACUCUUUUCACCUUUCAUUCGAAAUGAAAUCCUCUUGACUGACUUUAAUGCAUCGCAUACUUUC